AUGGCAAGAAUGAAGAUAUCGGGCCUUGUUGCCCUCGUGGCUCUGACACUUCAAGUGAGUGCGAUUGUUGUACCACGCCAUUUGGAGGUCCAUGAGAAGCGAGAGAUUUUACAUCCGAGAUGGACGAAAAGAGAACGUGUUGAGUCGCACAAGUUCUUGCCAAUGCGGAUUGGCUUGGCACAGAGCAAUCUCGACGACGGUUAUGAUCAUUUGAUGAGAAUAUCUGACCCUGCGUCACCGCAUUUUGGACAACAUUGGACCUCGGAAGAAGUCAUCAAUGCUUUUCGUCCUAGUCAACAAACAGAAGAUGAGGUUCGGAAGUGGCUGGUUGACUCCGGUAUUCCAGCCGGUCGAAUCACUCACUCGGACAACAAAGGCUGGUUCGCAUUCUAUGCGACUGCUGAAGAGGCAGAAAGUCUGCUGUAUACCGAGUACCAUGAAUAUGAAGACUCGGUCACUGGUGGUACUAUACCCUCAUGCGAGGCGUAUCAUGUUCCCAAGGAUAUUCGAAAGCACAUUGAUUACAUCAGUCCUGGCAUCAAACUUCUUGCUCCAAUUGAACAUCCAAACAACAAGUUGAAGCGAAACGCUGAAAUGGUAGAGCAUGAACUCCAGAAAAGAAAUACGCAUGGGCUACUACGAGAUGCUAAUCAUAGCUAUAAUAAUACCAAUGCCACAGAUUUGAGUACUUGCGAUAUUGCUAUCACUCCAGCUUGUGUCGCAGCGCUUUACCAAAUUCCACCUGCGACUUUAUCUCAUCCAAAUAAUUCCUUGGGUAUCUUCGAGUCCGAGCUACAAUUCUACACACAAAACGAUCUAGAUUUAUUCUUUACAAACUUCACAAAGCAUAUUCCAAAUGGUACACAUCCAAUUCCAGCAAAUAUAGAUGGUGGAAUGCAAUCAACAACUGAUCCUUAUUAUGCUGGUGGUGAGGUAAAUCUCGAUAUUCAACUUGCUUAUCCAAUCCUUUACCCACAACAAAUCACUCUCUACCAAGUCGAUGAUUACGUUGUACAAGCAAAUCAAAAUGAUACUUACACAUUUGGAUUUAACACAUUCUUGGACGCAUUAGACGGAUCAUACUGCAACUUCACCGCCUACAAUGAGACUGGCAAUGAUCCAUACUUAGAUCAAGCCUAUCCCGAUCAUCUCACUGGAGGCUGGGGAGGACCCCUCAUGUGUGGUACCUUCACCCCCACUAACGUAAUUUCUCUAUCAUAUGGUGGACAAGAAUCGGACCUUCCCAUCUCAUAUCAAAAACGACAAUGUCUUGAGUACAUGAAACUAGGACUUCAAGGAGUAUCAUUCCUUUUUGCGUCGGGCGAUUCUGGCGUUUCAAACUACCCCGGUGAUAUUGACGGUCCAACCGGUUGUCUCGGCCCAGACCUCAACAUUUUCAACCCGACCUGGCCGGGUACCUGCCCAUACGUAACAUCCGUCGGCGCCACAAAAGUCUACCCAGGCUAUACCGUCUUCGACCCCGAAUCUGCCGUCUUCGAUCCCGCCGGUCAUCCAUACUCCGUAAAUUACUCUUCCGGAGGUGGUUUCAGUAACAUCUAUCCGAUCCCCGGUUAUCAAGCUGCUUUUGUUGCAAAGUUUUUCGAUGAACAUAAUCCGCCUUAUCCGUAUUAUAGCGCGUUGAGUAAUGAUACAGAUGAUAUUCAGACAUUACCUGAUAUUGGGGCGUUGGCGGGAAGUACGGGGGGGAUAUAUAAUAGGAUUGGAAGGGGUAUUCCGGAUGUGGCUGCUAAUGGUGAUAACAUUGCUGUAUACAGCGGCAACGACUUUACCCUCAGCGGUGGUACAUCAGCCAGUACACCGAUCUUCUCCGCAGUCAUAAAUCGUAUCAACGAAGAGAGAAUCCAUAAAGGAAAGGGACCAAUUGGUUUUUUGAAUCCGUCAUUGUAUGCAAAUCCGAGCAUGUUGAAUGAUAUUGUCAAUGGAACGAAUCCGGGAUGUAGCACAGUGGGAUUUGAGGCGGUACCUGGUUGGGAUCCGGUUACGGGUCUUGGUACUCCAAAUUAUCCAAAGAUGUUGGAGUAUUAUUUGGGGUUGCCUUAG